AGUUGCUCAAUCUUGAAAAUCACGAUUUAGCAAUACCAAGACAGAGCAUUGCCUCGGGUAGAUCCCCAGUAGCUGCAAGAGAAUCAGUGGUACGAUAUCAGAUGGCCUGCAAAGAAGAUGAUUAUACAUAUAGUAAAACAUUUCGUAUACUUACUUGCACAUGGAAUGUAAAUGGACAACCUCCAAAUGGCAUUAAAUUAAAUCAUUGGUUAAGUACAGACGAAAUGCCACCUGAUAUAUAUGCUAUCGGAUUUCAGGAAUUAGAUUUGAGCAAAGAAGCAUUUUUAUUUCAUGAAACUCCCAGAGAAGAAGAAUGGAGGUACGUCAUUUGCGUCAAACCCAAAAAAGUAAUAUAAUGUACCUUAUUUUAAUUACCUGCUUCAAAUAUUUUGUAAUUAAUACAUUAAAUGUUGAAACUGGAAAAUGUUUCAACAUUUAAUGUUUCAAACAAAAGUGUAUAGUUUGUAGGAAGAUACCAAUAGCAAAAUCA